AUGAACUUGAGGGAAUACGCCAGCAAUGCUACAGAACUAAACAAGCUUUUCGAAGUAGACGAUGGAAGCAUCGCCCAAAUACAAAAACUUCUCAGCUUCAGGUGGAACAUUCAUAACGAUGAAAUGAUUAUCAGUCUCCCUCGAAAACCACCAGCACAGACCAAGUGGACAAAACGUAAAGUGCUGAAAGAAGUAGCCAGUAUUUAUGACCGCUGGGUAUUCUGUCACCAGUUACACUCAUUGGAGAACUUUUCCUCCAGUCAUUGUGGAAAAGACGACGGGCUCUCCGACGAUUUAGCCACCCACUCGCAACACGCAAUCGAACCAGCCAAUACGUCAGACUUCGACCUUCAUAUAUUUACGGAUGCACCGGCAAAUGCGUAUUGCGCAGUAGCAUACUUAGUGCAACCCCAUGUGGGUUCCCCUCAUAAAGUCUCACUCGCGAUGGCAAAGUCGAGAUUGGCUCCACUCCACCAAUCGGUAAUCAUUCCCCGCCUGGAACUGUUGACUCUCGUUAUCGGUGCUGAAUUGCUUACAUUCCUUUCAACGCAAAUUAGAUCGAUCGCAAGCUAG